UAUUUGAAGGAAAAGCAAUUUUUUUAAGGAAAACUACUUUCACCAAAAAUCCUAAACCAGGCUUUUAUGGUGAAUAUAAAUCUAAAAGAAAAAGCAAACGUUACAGGAGAACUUAAGGAAGACGGUAGCAUGAUUGGGCUGGGCAAUUGGACUUACGUUUGGCAACAGCGUUAGGCUUUAAAAGCUCGAAGAAAAAGAAGAGAAGGCGGUCAAUUAAUUAUUCUUUGCCGCUUCUGCACUCCAACUUGAAGAGGACGAAGCAAUUUAAACCUAACAAAAAAAAAAAAAAAGAAGAGAUUUGUUGGGGUUGGACUUUGGAGGCAGAAACCAGAGGAGAAGAGAAGAUGUUGCAGAGCAACACAUUCAGCCGGAAAACCAAGGCGGGCAGAAUUAAGAAGGAAGUAAGAGAAAUAUAUCUGAGAGACGACAUUUACUGUGGAGCUUCUGCUUGCAAAACAUGUCUCGCUUCCACUUGUCGUGCUCCUUUGGAUGCUUCUUCUCCCCUUCUCAUUCUUGAUACUAAUGUCCUUCUUCAUCAGAUCGACUUGCUCGAGAACCCCGCAAUUGAUAACGUGGUGCUCUUAUCGGUGGUGCUGGAUGAGGUUAAGAACAAGAACAUGGCCCAUUACAAUAGAAUUAGAGCUCUCUCCACCAAUCCUCUCCGCAAAUUCUAUGUUUUCAGUAAUCAGUUCCAUAAAGAGACAUUUGUAAAGCGCAUGGAUGGUGAAACUCCAAAUGAUUACAAUGAUAGAGCAAUUCGGGUGGCUACUCGAUGGUAUCAAACUCAUCUUGGUGCUGCAACACCAGUUUUACUUAUAACCAAUGACAGAGACAAUAAGAGGAGGGCUAGCGAAGAGGGCAUAUCUGCUGACACAAUUCAGUCCUAUGUAAAAUCUUUGGGUCAACCAGAGUUGCUUGACCUGCUUGUCCAUCCUGCACCCGAAUCUGAAGAUGUUACCAUGGAACAAAUUGAAGAUUUGAGACCUUCCAAGAAACAAGUUGUUUAUCAAGAGCAUAAACCCAUGUCUGAGAUUACUUUGGGUUUGCAUCGUGGAAUAUACCAUCAAGGAAAGCUUCGAGUUAAUCGUUACAAUCCAUUUGAAGCAUAUGUUGGAAGUGAGAGCAUAGGUGAUGAAAUAAUUAUAUAUGGACGUCAAAACAUGAAUAGGGCUUUUGAUGGUGAUAUAGUAGCUGUAGAACUUCUGCCUCAAGAUCAGUGGCACGAGGAGAAGAACUUAUCCAUUGCAGAUGAAGAGGAUGAGGAAGAAGAUGAUGUUCAUUUAGCUCCAAGCAGUGCUGAUGAUGCUCCUAGAACUACGAAUCUGGUAUCAGGUUCGGCCACUGAAACGAAUUCCACUCCAUCUCGUCAUUCUGGCCGUAUUGUUGGUAUUAUAAAGCGGAACUGGCAUUCUUAUUGUGGGUCUUUGGAGCCAAUGGCUAUGCCUGCUGGUACAGGAAGCUUUACAUCUGCAUUAUUUGUCUCCAAAGAUCGUAGAAUUCCUAAAAUUCGGAUUCAAACCCGACAACUUGAGAAUCUUUUGGAUAAGAGGAUAAUUGUGGCAGUUGAUUCUUGGGACCGCCAAUCUCGGUAUCCUUCUGGUCAUUAUGUACGAGUCAUAGGAGAAAUAGGUGAUAGAGACACUGAGAGUGAGGUGGUGUUGAUAGAGAAUGAUAUAAACUCAAGGCCCUUUUCUGCCCAAGUUUUGGCUUGUUUGCCAGCAUUACCAUGGUCUGUGUCUAGCGAAGAUGUGACAAAUUCUAUCCGGCUGGAUUUGCGAUCUUUGUGUGUCUUUAGUGUGGAUCCCCCUGGUUGCAAGGACAUUGAUGAUGCACUACACUGUACUGCUCUUCCAAAUGGAAACUACGAAGUUGGAGUUCAUAUUGCUGAUGUAACAAAUUUUGUUCACCCUGGCACCCCACUGGAUGAUGAAGCUUCCCAGAGGGGCACAUCUGUCUACCUUGUUGAGCGCCGAAUCGACAUGCUUCCUAAACCUCUGACAGAAGAUAUAUGUUCACUUAGAGCUGAUGUAGAAAGGCUAUCUUUCUCAGUUAUUUGGGAAAUGACGCCUGAAGCAGAAAUUAUCUCGACAAGAUUCACAAAAAGUGUUAUCAAAUCAUGUGCUGCAUUAUCUUAUGUUGAAGCCCAGGCUAGGAUGGAUGAUAGUCGAUUGAUGGACCCAUUAACCACAGAUUUGAGAAAUAUGAAUGCUCUGGCUAAGAUAAUGAGGCAAAGGCGUAUCGAUAGAGGAGCCUUAACUCUUGCUUCUGCUGAAGUCAAGUUUCAAAUUGAUACUGAGACUCAUGAUCCACUCGAUAUUGGCAUGUAUCAGAUUCGAGAAGCAAACCAAAUGGUUGAGGAAUUUAUGCUUGCUGCCAAUGUUUCAGUUGCCAAACAAAUCCGUGAUUGUUUUCCUUCCUGUUCACUUCUAAGGCGUCAUCCAACUCCUACAAGAGAGAUGCUUGAACCUUUGUUGCGCACUGCUGCUGCUGUUGGACUCGACUUGGAUGUUUCAUCAUCGAAGGCAUUGGCUGACUCACUUGACCGUGCUGUGAAUAUCUUGCAGCGUGAUGAUCCUUACUUUAAUAAGCUGAUUCGGAUACUGGCAACUAGGUGUAUGACACAGGCGGUUUAUUUCUGUAGCGGGGAUCUCAGCCCUCCAGAAUAUCAUCAUUAUGGGCUUGCUGCGCCACUAUAUACUCAUUUCACUUCUCCUAUUAGGAGAUAUGCAGAUGUUAUUGUGCACAGGUUGCUUGCUGCAUCCCUAGGGAUAGAUAAGCUUCCUUCAGUUUUCCAAGACAGAACCCAACUCACUAGUAUUGCUGAUAAUCUGAAUUAUCGUCAUAGGAAUGCCCAAAUGGCAAGCAGGGCCUCUGUGGAGCUCCAUACUAUCAUCUACUUCAGAAAACGGCCCACUGACACUGAAGCCAGAAUAGUGAAGAUAAGAUCCAACGGGUUUAUUGUGUUUGUUCCCAAAUAUGGCAUAGAAGGACCAGUGUACUUGACAACAAGAGGAGAGAAGGGAAGCGGGGAGUGGUAUGUGGAUGAGCAGCAGCAGAAGAUUGUAAAGAUGGACAAUAGCCUUUCUUACAGUGUUCUGCAAACAGUGAGGAUCCACAUGGAGGUUGUGGGACCCCAACCUAACCGCCCAAAACUGCAGCUUACUCUUAUUUUCUAGAGCAUAACAUGCACCAAAGAUUUCUUAGGUUAAGACCAAGUGUAAUUUAUAUAUAUGGAUGUUGUUUGAUUUCUGGUGUUGUCGUAAUGCAAGUUAUUAGCCUUUGGUGAA